UCCUUUCUCCCUCUCCUCUUCUGCCGAAGCUGAGACCUCCUCUGCUCGGAAUCGCUACUUCUACCUGGUGAUUUUAUGUGUCCAUUGAUGCUGGGUUUUCUAAUUCUUUUCUUUGUAAUGGAGGAAUUAUGUUCCAUAGCGUGAUGUUUGGCUGCUUCUGCUCACCUUUGUCUUGACCAUCGUAAGUGUGAUUUGAUGAUUUGAGUGUGUUCUUGAAACCCUCAUCGAUGAUCGGAUGAUCAUGCGUUCACGCUGUUCUUCUUGGAUAUCGAUCCUCUUGGUUUCGGCUUGGAUUAGCUUAGGUUCACUUAAUCUGAAUCGAUUUGUGCUGGAUAAGCGCGCUGUUGGUGUGGGUGUUUUCUCUGUGCUUUUUGUUUCGUUUAUUGGCGUGAAGAGAUAUACCGAUCUUGAGGUUGGUGAGAUCUGUGCGAGGUUUGGAUGAUUGUUUAAUGUGGCGGUGAUCCGUUCUUAUUGAUUUCAUGUCUGUGAAAUUUUCUUGAAUUUUGUGGGUUGUCUCAUUUUAGGAGACAGAAGCAGACAGAGGUCGAUGCCGCACGAACUCGAUUUUCCCAGCAAUGGCGACUGCUUCGGUUCAUCGAUCGCGUCAGAACCGUUCGUUACUCCAGAUCGACAGUCUGCAACCCCAUACCUGAACAAAGAUGGAGAUCUUCCCUACUGGUAUUCCAUCUUCUCACCCAUGGAGGGCACCCCGUCGCUCGUGACGACCCCUCUCGCUGCUUCUGGUUCCAUCUUAAUCCCUCCCCGGUCGUCGUCCUUCGUCGAGCCGGAAGUUGCUGCCGCCGACUACGGGAACCGCCUCUACCUCGCCCGCCUCACGCUUCAGUAUCAAGAGGUCGCCGAGCGCUACGACCUCUGCCUCUCCGACCUCCGAGACUGCACCGAGGAAAUCGAGUCCCUCCGGCGCGAGAACGCGAGCAUCCGCAUCGCCAACGUCGAGCUUGCCAGGCGGCUCGGCCUGAUCGCCGGGAAGCACGCCGGCCGUGUUCCGUCAUCUGCGUCUGCGGCGCUCGAAGAUGAGUUCCGCUUCCUCAACGUCGCCGAACUUCCACCGCCGUCGCCCGAGGAGAGUCCCACGAGCGUGCUCUCCGUCCAGGAGAGCGGCGGGGGCCACCCGUUCGCGGGACCUCCGGUGGUGGAGAAGCAGGUUUCGUUGCCCAAGAGCAUCUCGAUCCGCUCCAGCGGGUACCUGAAGCUGAACCAGGACGGUAAAUCCAGUUCGGCUGCGAAACGGAACGGCCGGUUUGGCGUCUCCAACCCCGCCAUGGUAAGCAAGCAGCGGGUGUACGUGGGCGGGGACAGCAACAGGAAGAAAGGGGCAAGAAGAGGAAGGGAAGACGGCGAAGAAGAGCGGGAGGGCGGCGAUGGAGGAGGAGCUUUGGAGCUGGAGGUGUACCAUCAGGGGAUGUUCAAAACGGAGCUGUGCAACAAGUGGGAGGAGAGCGGGGAGUGCCCCUACGGCGACCAUUGCCAGUUCGCCCACGGCAUCACUGAGCUCCGCCCCGUCCUCCGCCACCCCCGCUACAAGACCGAACCCUGCCGCAUGAUUCUCUCCGGCGGCGCCUGUCCUUACGGCCACCGCUGCCACUUCCGCCACUCCCUCUCCCUCGCAGAUCACCAACGUCUCCUCAUCCGCCCUUAGAAGAUCAUUUCCAUGGACAGCCCAUGAGAAGGUACAGGAUCUUUGUCGGAUGUGGCCUUUUCGAGUUGCUUCUUAGAUGUUUAUUCAUCACUGCAAGAUAAAUGUUCUGGUGGAAUUCAGUAACAGAACCCUGUUUGGCCAGAGAUCAACAAGUCUAUACCAUGAUGCUUACUCUCCAGUGUCACACUGCGACCCUCGGAUGAUCAUUCCUUAGUUCCAUAAUAAUCUUCAAAUAGAAUCAGCAAAGAGCCCUCUUUGUCCAGAUAGCAAGGAGUCCUUUGCCGUACAUGGUUGGUAUUCUUCACUGCCAUACAAAUCUUCAGGUGGAGCCCAAAACCGAGAGAACCCUGUUUGCCAAGAUAUCAAGAUGCCUGGAGCCAUUACUGCUUUCCUCUAGGUUGCAUCCCAUUUCCUUGUGUGACCAUUGGCUUUCCCUCUCUCGGGCUAUCACCUUUUGUUAAAGCUUUUGUUUGCUUUUCUUUUUUCUCUUUCGUUUGUGGUGUGUGAAGGGCUCCAAGAUGUGAUAUGUCUGCAAUGAGUUUGACUUCCAAACAGAUAAAAGAAGUGUUAUCCCACCGUUGGAUGCAAUUGACGUAGCCACCCAGAGGCGUUUAUCAUUUACGAAUCCGUUUGUAUUAUUAUGCUGUCGAGAUAAAAAUAC